AUGCUCCGCGGCCGGCUUCCUUCCGUGCUCCCUGCGCUCGCAGCGCUGCUCGGAUCAUCGUCUGCCUUCGUCGUCCCGAUGGAGAGCCCUCCCGUCGACCGCCUCAGCCUCGUCGCGCCAUUGGGCGACGCGGCCGGCACGACGCUCCGGCUGCAAGAGCUCGCCGCGGGCCGCCCGCUGGAGCUCAAGCUGUCAGCGUGCACCGUCGCGUACACAGAGGACAACCCCGCCUGGGGGCAGCUCGGUUGCGGUGGUUUCAUUGUGUACGGCAGCGACGGCCGCAUCGCAAGCCGCGCGACGGCGGCGUACCUGGAGGUGAGGGAGCGUGCGUUCCAUCACGUCGAGUCGCUCCUGGACGCGCUGCUCGACGGCGCAAAGGCGGCGGAGACGUGUGGUGCGGCCACGCCGCAGUCGGAACGGCGCGGCGGCGGCCGCGGUGGAGACGUCGACGAUCCCGUCGCAUCGCCCGCAGCGCAGGUGCGUCUCGCCCCGGGACGCGUCCCGAGCGUGGGAAUUGCCGCUCUCGACGACGAGCACGCGGCGUGCACGGCGGCGCUGCGCGAGCUCGCCGCCACACGCAGUGCCGCGGCGCUUGCAGAGGUGCGGCGCGCGUAUGAGGCGCACUUCCGCCACGAGGAGGCGCUCCUGGACGAAAGACUGACAGCAGGAGCUGCAGGAGCUGCAGGAGCUGCGCGGGUCGGAUGGGCGGUGACGCCGCCGAGCGACGGCGCAAAGGCCAAUCGCUGCUGCUGCGCCAACGAGAGCGGCGACACGAGGCUGCUGGCAGCUGGCAGAGCGAAUCGCGAUUCCGGCGGCCGCCGUCAGCCCGCCGACACCGACGGCCUGGCUGAGGUCAAACUCCUCCACACGUCGGACCAGCCAUGCGUCGGCCACGGCGACGAGACGUCUGUAUGGCGGGCUGCGGCGGGCGCAAAAACUAUUUCACAGGUUAUGAAAACCGGAAACACUAGAGCUGGUACCAUGCUCGCCGGUGUCAAGGGUCAGACGUCGCGCGAAUGCAUAGUCCAUAGCGUGUCUUAUGCAAUACGUACGAUGUUUUUGCCUUUAUGUCUCAGCAAACAGUGCAGCGCUGCCGAUGUCGCACUGGCGCUAUGUGCUACGCAUUAG